AUGAAUAAUAAUGAUGAUUACCAAUUUUUAAAUUAUAAUUUAAAUAAAUUAAUAAAUAAUGUAUCAACUUUAUCAAAUCUUCAUAAACAAUUAAUAGUUUCAAAUGAAAUAGUAGUAAAUUUUGUAAAUCAAAAUCAAAAUCAAAAUAAUAAUAAUAGCAGCAAUAAUAAUAGUGGUGCUAAUAAUACUAAUAAUAGUAAUAAUACGAUAGAUAUAGAAAAGAAAUAA